UUUAAACUGCUGCCUGCCUGUGCAGCAGCUGAAGAACUACAGAAUGGAUUUUAUAGACCAGAAUCCUCGGUUAAAACUGCUCAAAACCAUUUCUAUUACUGCCUAGCAACAAUGAAGGAAGGAAUAGAGGGAAAUCCUAUUACUGAAAGCAACUGAACCACUACGCGGUAGCACUCCCUGCUAACAUUACCGUUAGAAAUAUGGAUACUGAGGAGAAGAGAACACAGCGCUGCAUUGUCCGACAAGGGAAACACCAGAUGUAAAAGCUCCAAUACAUCGGUCGUGAACGCCAGACGGCCCUGAUCGGAACAGAAACGAGAACUACUGCCCUUUUGUUUGAAGGAUGAACAAAAAGCCCCAAGACAAGGACGACACUUAUGAGCAAGGAAGGUAACGCAGCAACGAGCAGACAGAUGGACAGAUUGGAUACUGUGAAAAAGCAAUCGCAGGAAGCAGGCUGUUGGGGGAUGUGCGCAUGUUCGAUAGCAUCUUUUUUGCUGAAGUGAUGGCGUGCCAAAACUAUUUUCCGUGGGUAUAAUCCUCGCACCAUAAAUGGCCUGACUAAGGAAGAGCAAGCCAUUUGCAGACGAUUACUCGACAAGAACAAAAGAAAAUGAAUACCAAAGAAUAGCAGUGGAUUAAAAAACAAUCAGAAAAGCAUUUUGCUUGGCCAUUGUCUCAUAUCCCAUCAUUGGAUUCUCACAACAUGCUUCAGUGGAGAAGACGACACUGCUGCUUUGCAAAGAUGACCUGGAAUACCAAAAGGUCUCUGUUUCGCACCCAUCUUAUUGGCCUGAUCUCUCUUGUAUUUCUUUUUGCUGUGUUUCUGUUCUUUAAUCACCACGACUGGCUGCCAGGCAGGGCUGGAUUCAAAGAAAAUCCCAUGGCUUACACUAUACGAGGAUUUAGGUCUACAAAAAGCGAGACAAACCACAGCUCUCUAAGGAAUGUGUGGAAAGAUGCUGUACCUCAGACGCUCAGGCCUCAAACAGUCACCAACUCCAACAACACGGACCUGUCGUUGCAAGGAGUAACUGGUUUGGAAAAUACACUCAGUGCCAAUGGAAGUGUUUACAACAAAAAAGGUACCGGGCAUCCAACCUCGUAUCAUUUCAAAUACAUCAUCAACGAGCCUGAGAAAUGCCAAGAGAAGACCCCUUUUCUAAUAUUACUCAUAGCUGCAGAGCCGGGACAAGUGGAAGCUAGGCAAGCUAUUCGACAAACUUGGGGUAAUGAAAGCCUGACACCUGGCAUUCAGAUUGUUCGUAUUUUUUUGCUGGGGUUAAGCAUCAAGAUUAACGGAUACCUCCAACGUACCAUACUAGAGGAGAGCAGACAGUACCAUGACAUCAUUCAACAAGAGUAUUUAGACACCUACUAUAAUUUAACCAUUAAAACUCUGAUGGGAAUGAACUGGGUUGCAUCUUAUUGUCCACAUGUUCCAUACGUUAUGAAAACUGACAGUGAUAUGUUCGUCAAUACUGAAUAUUUAAUACACAAGCUUCUGAAACCAGAGCUCCCUCCUAGGCACAAGUAUUUCACAGGUUAUUUAAUGAGAGGAUAUGCACCUAAUAGGAACAAAGACAGUAAGUGGUAUAUGCCACCUGAUUUGUAUCCAAGUGAACGUUACCCUGUAUUCUGCUCUGGAACUGGUUAUGUUUUUUCUGGAGAUUUAGCAGAAAAAAUCUUUAAAGUCUCCUUAAGCAUCAGACGUUUACAUUUAGAGGAUGUAUAUGUGGGGAUCUGUCUUGCCAAGCUACGAAUUGACCCUAUGCCUCCACCCAAUGAGUUUGUCUUCAAUCACUGGCGAGUUUCUUACUCCAGCUGUAAAUAUAGCCACCUAAUUACCUCCCAUCAGUUCCAACCUAGUGAACUGAUCAAAUACUGGAACCACUUACAACAAAAUAAGCACAAUGCCUGUGCCAAUGCAGCAAAAGAAAAAGCAGGCAGGUAUCGCCAUCGUAAACUGCACUAGAAAGAUGGACAACGCUCCCUCUGUCAAAUGUACUCCAUGUGCAAUUUGUAAAUACCGCUGAACGCAUGUACAGUGAAAAUGGAUGAGCUUAAUGGGACAGCCUUUAGUUGAUCCCCAUCACAUAGUGGAGUCUGAAAAUUAUUUUUUUAAGUUAAAAAAAGUAUAGUUCUUGAUAACACUAAUAUUAUGAAACCAUAACCAAAAGGUUUUCCCAACAAAUUUUAGGAAAAAAAGAAGACCGUAUAUAAAGAUUUUUGUGUUAAUGUGCAAUAAUAAGCAUGCACACUUUGGUGGUACAAUUGCUGAUUUAUGUGCCAAUAAAAUAUAAUUGAGCAUAUUUUCCACACUAAAAUUUUCUUUUUAAAAAAUGCAUUCAUAGCUCUAGUUCUUUUCAAUGUGAUGAUUUCUUGUUAUCUAGAAUUGGUAUAAAAGGAAAAAGGAAAAAAUCAGAAAUGCACAAAGGGCAAAUGAUUUCUACUUUCAAAUAUCACACUAAAAUUAUUAUACACAUUAACGUACAAUACAUUUAUAGCAAUGUCACAUUUAAAAUUUGGUAAGACACUACACCAAUGAACUCUGAAACACUAAGAAAGUACUUCCUUAAAGGAGGUCCGGUUUCAGGAAGGUUGUUUAUUUUGGUUCGGAAAAAGGGAUAAAUGAAAUCAAAGUUGCAAAAACUGCCGCUUUGCACAUCACUUUCGGAAACACAAGCGAUGUUCUAGAUUCAACCAUAGAGUCAACUAGAUUCUCCUCAGAGAGCUGACUAAAAGUUACUUAUUCUCUAGAAGUCACAGGGCAGGCUCCUAAAGUCCACUGCCAAGUAACAUUCAUCUUGGCAUCUUCAUGCAAAUUAAUUGAAUCUGCUAUUAAUUUCCUUACAUAACUUCAAGGCAGCUCAAAAGUUGAUAAAAAAUGCAAAAUGGAACUUCAGGUCUUUCACUGUAGUUUCAAAACAGUCUCGUUUGGUGGAAAGAGGGGAAAAAACCAACCAAGUCUUCACUGAUUUUGCUUUCCCCUGCCUACCAAAACCAAAGGAUCAUUCUAGUGAAAAAUAGGUCUGCUAGAGAAAACUAAGCCACACACCUUACUUUAUAGGUAGGGAAGACAAGGUCAUAAUCAGAUUGAGAUUUCCAGAUAGUGAAAUGGGCAAGAAGAAAACCUAAGCAAUUUUAAAAAUUAAAGCCACAACAUGUACCACUGAAAAAUUUUGAGAAGUAGGCUAUUUACAGGUUUCCAGUUUUCUAACAAACAGAACUCAAAGCAUAUUUUCCAACAGUUACAGCAAAGUUGUAUCAGAUUCAGGUUAUUACUGUUUGUCACAGUGCCAGGGUAAACAAUACCCACCUCUGAUUUAGCAGCACAUGAUGCAACUGUGAUUCAUUUUCUGUUUGACUGGGACUUUUUAAUUGGAUAAAAUACAAAUAUUUGAUGUACUUUUAUUAUUUAAUAAAAUUGAUUAUAUUUA